UUGUUUUGAUCUUCAACCAACUGUGCCCAAUGUGCUAAAUGAUUUUCUAGUUUUUUGCAUAAAUAAAUCACCAGCUUUAUUCGAUAUAAUAAGCUCAUUGUAAACAUAUCGCAUAUAAAUAACAAGAAAGAAAUAAUCUUCAUGGCUUCAUCCAGUGGUGGUUCUUCUGGUUCAUCCAGCCUGCUCACAAAUUCUGGUAUGGGCACGGAUCUCCAGGCUGUGAUGGACCAGAAGAAGAGGAAGAGAAUGCUCUCUAACAGAGAGUCUGCAAGGCGUUCUCGGCUGAGGAAAGAUAAUUACCUGAAAGAUCUCAUGACAGAGAUAAGCCAGUUGAGAGAAAAAAAUGGCUUGAUCAGAACCUCUGUUAAUCUCUACGCACAGAACAAUCUGGUUCUGGAGAGUGAGAAUUCUGUUCUCAGGACGCAGAUUAUGGCUUCUGGAUGCUUCACCAAUCCAUGGAUUUCUGCUUAUGAGCCAGCUUACAAUGGCUUCACCAAAUUCGCUCCAGUUCUUGAUCAAGAUGAUUUUUUCCUUUUAUAAAUGCUGGAAUAUGAGCAGGUUUUGGUUCGACUAAGCCUCAGAUAUUGUGAAUAUUCUUAGUUUAUUUCAUUAGAAAGUUAUUAGGUGCAUGGUAUAUAAUUAUGUACUAACCGUGCUCUUUAUCAAAGAAAUUGUACACAGCUAGUACGAAUAUUUUUUAUCUUAAUAAUUUCUCUUAUUCUAUUGCUUUAAUGGUCAAUUAUAAUGGUUUAAGAUCGAUAAAUUGGUUUUGAUUUGCUGGAAUUGAAAAUUAUCUUAUAUGUUGAAGGGUUCUGAUCAGCCAUACAGUGUCUCUAGGAAGGGUGAAGCCAACAAUAUAUUAUUGUAGUUGGUUUGUGGUUUGAUUUUGUGAGAGAAUA